CUGCAAGAAUGAGGGGGAUUUACUAAUGGUCAUGUGCUAUAGCUGUGUAGCAUAAAGGGAUAGCACACAGUCUGCCAGGAGACAGAACUAGACAGAACAUAAGAGCCGCAGACACCCAUUUCCACCAUCAGGAUUAUUUGGGAGCUACCGCCCUCAUCGCCCCCUAAACCUGCACCCCUGAGGACACCGUGUAAUGUAGCUGCGGCUGCACACUAGGAUCCAUCUGCUUCCAGUACAAACACAGAGUGGGAGCAGCAGAAACUCACAGCAGACUGGGCAUAAGAUAAGACAUGGUGGACCACCUCGCUUACACGGAAAUCAACAAUCAACGGAUAACAGCAGUAGAAGCCUGUUUUGGCGCAGCUGGCCAGCCUCUCACUUAUCCGGGAAGAGUUCUCGUGGGUGAAGGGAUAUUGACCAAAGAAUGCCGGAAAAAGCCCAAACCAAGGAUCUUCUUUCUCUUCAGUGACAUUCUUGUAUAUGGAACCAUUGUGAUCAACAAAGUCAAAUACAGUUGUCAACACAUUAUCCCCUUGGAUGAUGUGACCACUGAGAUUCUUCCUGACAGUGGAGACAUGAUGAACCGGUGGAUGCUGAAGACCUCAAAGAAAUCCUUUGUGGUUUGUGCCGCCUCUUUCACUGAACGGAAAGAGUGGAUCAGUCACAUCAAAGAAUGCUCUAAUCGGAUGCUGCAGAAGACCGGUAGACAACCUCCCAGCAAACACGCCGCUCCAUGGAUACCGGACAAAGCCACCGACAUCUGCAUGCGAUGCACUCAGACUAAGUUUACAACAAUAACUCGUAGACACCAUUGUCGCAACUGUGGCUUUGUCGUAUGUCAGGAUUGCUCCAAGAAUAGGUUUGUGAUUCCAUCCUUAUCCUCCAAGCCUUUAAGGGUGUGUAACCUGUGCCACAGAAGGCUGAUGUCCGAUAAAAUAGCAGAAAAAGAAGAACUGGAAAGGCAAGCUCUGGAGUUAGAGAGAGAAGUUCCAGUGUAUGAUCCAUCCAGUGAAGACGAUAGUGAUAAUGAUGAUGACAAGAACAGUGUCUUUCCUUCAAAUGAAGAUUUCUAUUCUUCUUCGUGGUCUGCCUUCCAUGCAUGAUUUGUGUGUGUGUUUGUAUGGGUUAUUAGGACCAGUGGCAGCUCCAGAAGUGGGGAGCCACACCAACUGCUACCGCAAACACUGCCAAACAUCGCCGGUUGGGACUCACUGGCAGUUGGUGUGACUCUGUUUUUGAAUUUUGAAAGUUAGGGGCAGUGAAUGGGAGGUGGCUAGUACAGUAGUGCAAUCAAAAAUGGUCCACAGCAGGCAUAGGAGGCCAUAGUCAAGCAGAGAAGCUGUACAUUCCAUAGUGCUGCUGCAAGUUUUGUUGGUAUUACUGCGUGUAUGCAGGGGCAUAGAGAGGGAGGCCGGGCCCAAGUAAUGCAGGGUGCCAUAGCCAUGCUUCUUUUAAAAAAAAUAGAUUAAAAAUGAUAGCCAUUUGCCCCUCAGCCAGGGGCAGAUCCAUAGGGGGAGGGGGGGGCACGAUCAGUCUGAUCUCAUCACCCCCCACCCCUCCUGCUGGCAGUGGACCAUAUAUGUUAGCUGCAGGGGAGAGAGAGAGGCUGCUGCCAGCUGAUACUUGAGAGGCCAUAACAGUGAUGUUCCUCCCAUGGUCUAUAGCUGGUGAGCACAUUGUGCAGAUAAAAGUCCUAGAAAAACUUCCACUACAGUCCUUGAUGAAGAUGUAGCCACCACCUACCUAGUAGGUGGUGGUCACAUCUAGUUCUAGAAAGUAGUACAGACCAUUCAAAUCAAAGUCCACCUGUGCCUUGAGUCCGACGAUAACGUUCAAGAGAAGAUGAUCUCUCUUGGCGAAUGAUGUAUUUGAAAGACGUGAGAUCUUCUAGGAGCACUCGUGCUGGUUCAUGGGUUCUCCGGGAACCUUCGUUGCCACAAAUGGCCUAGCCUAUACUUGGAAAGCAUUCCAUAGCCCUUCAUGACACUAGCCACCUAGACUAUUUCCAAAGCGGAGCUGAAAUGUGUCUCUACGUGGACCUAAUGAUAAGUUGUAUAUUUGUGUAGAACAGUAACAGUAUUGCCGAUAUAGCUCUUCUUAAAGAGAAAUUAAAUGUAAAAUCAAGUUGUCAUAUAAUAAACUAAUAUCUGUGUAAAUAAGUUAUCAGAUCUUCAGGUAGAGCCGUCAUCAUGGAGGAGUAUUUAAACAAGCGUCUCCGAUUUUUUUCUUCCUCUUUCUUGUUUCGACAACUUGUAUUUUAGAUUUAGUUUUCUUUAAAAAGUGACUCCUUGCCAUAGAUAAUGUGGGCACUCCCAGUAUAAGGGAGAACGUUGGUACUCCUGUGUCUAGGAGACAUUUCAGUGAACUUUUGUUGUGUAUGAAAGUAUUAUGUUGUGUAAGGUUACGUACAAGUCAUUGCCAUAUACACUUUCUGCCUUUAUAUGGCAUGUACAUAGAUAGGAGGAGUGGUUAUGCAAAUUAGUGGGUGUGGCUUCACAGAGUAAAUGAGGAAGAAAGCGAUAAGGCGGAUUUUCUAAGACAUUGGACUAGCACAAUAAUGCACAGACAAAGGGCCUCCUGUAAUUCAUGUUGUACGCAGUGCCGAUGUUCAUGCAAUGGAGCGAUUAUCGUCAGACUGCACAUGUGCGGCGAUCGCAAUUACACACACUCCAAGGUGCCAUUGCACUCGCGCUCACGGUAAGAUUGUUUUUUAUCGCAGAGUGAUUGACAGGAAGGGACCGUCGUUUCGGGGCGGUAACUGGGAGUGGUGGCAAAAACGCAGCCGUUUUCAAGGCAUACAUCUGCCUUCAUCUGCGAUCACGUACUUAGAGAAAUAUGGCGCCAGAGACGCUACUGCCAUAGCCAGUCUGUGUUGCAAGUCCAUCAGCCUGAAGAUUCGCAGCUGUGUAGGCACGUGCGCAAAAACAUGAAUUAGGUCCAGAGGUGUGUUCCGUCACCGUGUUCCACCAGUAUUAUCACCACUAGUGCCUAGAGUUGUUGGAGGGGUCCUGACCUGACUAUUGCAGUGUAAUGUAUUGGAGCCAGCUAUGCGGAACACUACAAAUGAAGUUUUUGGGGUAAUUUGAAUAUUACUCUCAUACUAUUACUAUUAUUGUUAUGGUAUUGCUAUUAUUUAAUUGCUACAUAUCUGACUCUAUACUGAUAAUGAAAUGAAUACACUAUAUUUUGAGUUUUGUCCACUGUGUAACCUUUGGAUAGUGUUUAUCUAUGGUGUUUACAUAUUGCAAUAUUAUGGUAUAUGCUAUGCAUUUAACACUAAGGUUUUAUUGUGCAAUAAUAUUUCCAGCUCGCCACCUUUUCAUUAUAAAUAAUGUGAUCAUUUAUAUAAUAAUAUGUGUGUGCGUGCAUGCAUGUGUGUGUGUGUUGGAGAGACAAUAAUUGGUAUACAGGUAAUAUGACGUGUUGCCGUACUGACAAAGGUUAUUUUCAGUAAAGUCGGUCGGUCUCUGGGUAUUAAAACAAAUUUCCUGUUCUCCCCUAGAAGCUGAUUGGCUAAAGAACCAUUUAUCAUAUGUAACGCAUUUUAUCCCUCGUUGAUAAAUGAGCCCCUUAGUUCCAUCUGUCAAUAAUUAAAAAUUAGUGUUCAGUAAAUAAUAAGAAUUUACUUACCGAUAAUUCUAUUUCUCGUAGUCCGUAGUGGAUGCUGGGGACUCCGUAAGGACCAUGGGGAAUAGCGGCUCCGCAGGAGACAGGGCACAAAAGUAAAAGCUUUAGGAUCAGGUGGUGUGCACUGGCUCCUCCCCCUAUGACCCUCCUCCAAGCCUCAGCCAGGAUACUGUGCCCGGACGAGCGUACACAAUAAGGAAGGAUUUUGAAUCCCGGGUAAGACUCAUACCAGCCACACCAAUCACACUGUACAACCUGUGAUCUGAACCCAGUUAACAGCAUGAUAACAGCGGAGCCUCUGAAAAGAUGGCUCACAACAAUAAUAACCCGAUUUUUGUAACAA